GAUUGACGAUCCAUUAAUCUGGGGCAGUCUUCCGUUAAGGGUUUUUUCAAGUCGCGAUAGGCUUCGUUGGGCACUUGGCGCUCAAGAAAUAUGUUUCACCACACCUUUCCUUUCCGGAUUUUUUGCUCUUGGUCAGGUAGUACCAAUAGUGAGAGGCGCAGGCGUAUUUCAACCAGCAAUGAAUUUUGCUAUAGAUAGGUUAAACGAAGGAAAAUGGGUUCACAUUUUCCCGGAAGGAAGGGUCAAUCCAAAGAUGGACCUGCUUAAGUUCAAAUGGGGAGUUGGUCGUUUGAUGAUGGAAUCGACAAAUCCACCGAUAGUUGUUCCGUUGUGUUUUAAAGGUCCCGAAGAAAUAAUGCCGGAAAAAAGGGUAAAUAAUUGUUGGAUACCCGUCCUUGGAAAGGAGGUCGUAAUUACUUACGGAAAGCCUAUUGAUCUUAAUGAUACGCUGAAAAGUCAUUAUGAGAAACAGGCUGAAGAGAUUGUGACACGGAUCGCAAUCACCGACAGAAUUUUUCGUGCGAUAAGCGAACUGCAAAAAAAAGAUCAAACAUUCGAGAAUAAGGGUCCAUGA